AUGGCCGACCCCUUCGAUGCAGCCCUCGACCUCCUCCGCCGCCUCCCGCCCUCCUCCACCCAACAAAACCUCACAGGCAUCAUCUCCCUCCGCCCCGAGCUAGAAGAAGACCUGCUCUCCUCCGUCGACGUCGCCCUCACCUCCGCCCGCUGCCGCAAAUCCGGCCGCGACUACCUGUGCUGCGACUACAACCGCGACGGCAACAGCUACCGCUCACCGUGGAGCAACGAGUUCGAGCCGGCGAUUGACGCCGACGACGCGGCGGAGCUGAUUCCGCAUGGCCGUGUGCGGCGCAUGGAGGAGAGUUUGAAUGCUGGCGUGGACGUUUAUCGCGAGCUGUAUUAUGAGGGGGGCGUGAGUUCUGCGUAUUUGUGGGCGCUGGACGAGGGGUUCGCGGGCGUGGUGUUGUUUAAGAAGAGCGCGGGGAGUGCUGGGAGCGGGAAGGGAGGCUGGGAUAGUAUUCAUGUGUUGGAGGUGGGGGAGUCGGGGUCGAAGCGUUCGGCGCAGUACAAGCUUACAUCGACGGUGAUUUUGGAUCUCGCGUUGCGGUCGAAGGAGGUGGAUCAGUUGGAGCUGGCGGGGAAUCUGACGCGGCAGACGCAGCAGGAGUUGCCUUUGAGUGGGCUGCGGGAGGCGGAGGUCGAGCAGGGGCAUAUUGUCAAUAUUGGGCGGAUGGUGGAGGAUAUGGAGACGCGGAUGCGCAACUUGCUGCAGGAGGUGUACUUUGGGAAGGCGAGGGAUGUGGUGGGGGAUUUGAGGAGUAUACAGCCGCUGAGCGAGGCGGAGAGGGAUCGGGCGGCGCAGAAGGAGGCCAUCAGCAAGAUGAAUAGUCGUUGA